GGCGGACACUUGAGACUCUAGGCUAAGAUGGCGACUGUGAGACGGGUUUUCCCGCGGAGGAUAGCGGGCUUGGCGUCCCUCCGGGCUGAAAGGGGAAGCCGCGGCCAGGGGACGUGAAGCGACCCGUCGUCACCUCGGAGACCUGGGACAUCCUCCUGGGCGUCCUCAUUCCCUCCCAGGCACACACAGGCAGUUGUGGGCUGCCAGGCGCGGGUGCUGGGAACCGAACGUAAGAGCAUCAAGUCUCUCCUUCCUGUAACUGAGCUUCGGAGCUCUCCAGCCCUUCAUUAGUGGGAAACACGUCCCGCGUGGAAAAAGCAAAAGCAAGCCUCUCGGCCGCCUUUCCCAGGUCCUGUUGCUUUUCUAGACGCCUGGACCGUGGGGGUUUCCUCGGAACUGUACUUUGGGCCUGUUCAAUCCUGGUGUUCUGUCCUCUCCCACGCGCAGUGUGGAGGGAAAGGGAGGGAAGGGGCCAAAGAGCUGUGCUGGUUAAAGCGCAAACCGACGUCCGGAUGAUCCUGCCACUUUCUAGGUUGCUUACAUGUAAAAUGGAUAGCUCUGUCUCAGGGUGAUUUGGCGAGCACCUCAUCCAUGGGCGCUUUCCCGAAGCAGGUGAAGAUCGUGGAAGUCGGUCCCCGAGACGGUUUGCAGAAUGAAAAGAAUAUUGUACCUACCCCAGUGAAAAUCAAGCUGAUUGACAUGCUUUCCGAAGCAGGGCUCCCUGUUAUCGAGGCCACCAGCUUUGUCUCUCCCAAGUGGGUACCCCAGAUGGCUGACCACUCUGAAGUCUUGAAGGGCAUUCAGAAGUUCCCCGGCGUCAACUACCCAGUCCUGACUCCAAAUAUGAAAGGCUUUGAGGAAGCGGUAGCUGCGGGUGCCACGGAAGUCAGCAUCUUUGGGGCUGUAUCCGAGCUCUUCACCCGGAAGAACGUGAACUGCUCUAUAGAGGAGAGUUUCCAGCGCUUUGAAGGAGUCAUGCAGGCUGCACGGGCAGCCAGCAUCUCUGUGAGAGGGUAUAUCUCCUGCGCCCUCGGAUGCCCCUACGAGGGGAAGAUCUCCCCGGCUAAAGUAGCUGAGGUUGCCAAGAAGUUGUACUCAAUGGGCUGCUAUGAGAUCUCCCUUGGGGACACCAUUGGGGUAGGCACCCCAGGGCUCAUGAAGGACAUGCUGACCGCUGUCAUGCAAGAGGUGCCUGUGACCGCACUGGCUGUCCACUGCCACGACACCUACGGUCAAGCUCUGGCCAACACCUUGGUGGCCCUGCAGAUGGGAGUGAGCGUGGUGGAUGCCUCUGUGGCGGGCCUUGGAGGCUGUCCCUAUGCACAGGGGGCAUCGGGGAACCUGGCUACCGAGGACCUGGUCUACAUGCUGACUGGCUUAGGGAUCCACACGGGUGUGAACCUCCAGAAGCUCCUUGAAGCUGGGGACUUCAUCUGUCAAGCCCUGAACAGAAAAACCAGCUCCAAAGUGGCACAGGCCACCUGCAAACUCUGAGUCCCUCGCUCCCUUGAAGACCUGGGACUGUGGGAGAUGGGUGUAGGUGCACAAUGAUUCCUACAUGGGGGAAAUGAAAUGAGGGCAAAUGAGCAGGCAACAGAUUCUUCUCCCAGACAGAAAGGGCUACCGCUGCCAGGCCUGGGGCCGCCCUGGAGCCUGGAAGUCCCCUUUCACUGUGGACCAGCUCCUCAGAGCUGAGUGCUUGCUUGGGAUGGCCCUGGGUCUCCUGGGAGAGUAUGCUAGGCAACAGAGCUGAUGUCCACCCUGCCAUGACCGAGGGUCCUGUGAGAGGGAGUGCCCCCUACCCCCAAGCCAGCACAGCAUUUGCUGAAAUGGUGGGGUUGAUCUGUUGCAGGGGCCAUCUGCCAACUCCAGUAUCUCUGGAAAAUCAUUCUGUAUAUGAUUUUUGAAAACAGCUUAUGUAAUUAAAGAUCUAAUUUUCUAAUAUCCAA